UUUCCGGGAUAUUUUUAUUGUAUACUCAUACUAUAUUGAGAUUUUUCAAGAAAUAAAUCUGUAGAACUAUGAACACACCACCCGGGACCACGGGAUUCACCUUUAGUUCUCCAGUUGCACCAGGAGGCUCAUCAAUUACUUUCGGUACACCCGGGGGUACAGAUGGAGGAACUAAAGCACAAUCUGCACCACUUUUCUCAGCCAAUCCCACGGCAGCCGUUAGUGCAGCUUCUACGCUGAAUUUUGGCACAACUCUCAGCACCGGAAUCAGCACAGCAGCUCCCGUUGCAACGCCAUUCACGGGAUUCACUCCAGUGGCUACCUCGGCACUUGCUGCAUCUUCUGGGGGAUUUCAGAUUCCCGCAGCAGUACCAUCCGCUGCACCCACUUUGACUUCUGCCGUUUCAUCAGCUGCUCCGUUAACAUUUGCAGCUCCAACAACUACCACCACAGGUUUCAGUGGCUUCCGUGUACCCACGCCUGCAACGUCGUCUACUACAUUGCCCACGCAAGGGGCUCCAGUUAAUUUGAAUACAGCUACGGUGACAACGGCAUCAUCGCAACAAAACGUCGUGGGACAAUUGAACCUGUGCCAGCUGGAGGAGUACAUUAACAAGUGGACGCUAGAGUUGGAGGGCCAAGAAAAGGUCUUCACUAAUAAAGCUACUGAGAUUAAUGCCUGGGACAAGAUUCUCACUGAGAAUGCCAAAAAAAUUGUUUCUCUGCACGAAUCGGUGGAGAAUGUGACGGCUGAGCAGAAAGUUCUGGAGCACGAGUUGGAGAUCAUUGCAGCUCAGCAUUCAGAGCUCGAGGAGUGCAUUAAACCACUUGAGAAUGAGCUUGCAAAAAUGGUGCAGGUGGAUGGAGAGCGUGCACAAACGUACAUGCUGGCUGAAAGUUUGGAUACGCAGCUAAAACAAAUGUCGGAGGAUCUCAAGGAAGUCAUAGAGCACCUAAAUGAAGCCAACAAAGAGAAGGAUCCAAAUGACCCAAUUGUGCAAAUUGGGAAGAUUCUCAAUGCUCACAUGAGCUCCCUGCAGUGGAUUGAGUCUUCCAGUUCAGCAAUUGCUAAUAAUAUCCAGGAAAUUCAACCGAUGCUAGAAGCCAUUAAGAGGAACAGCGAUAGGUCCGCAUGGACUAAAUAAUGCCUUUUGUUUCCAUUAAUUUUCCUUAUUUUUCCUCAUUUUUGUGAAUUAAAUAAAUUCCUUACAUUCUUCUUGUA